CUAUCAAGUUGCUACUGGAAGUGCUGAUAAUACUAUACGCAUUUGGGACAUUCGGACUUUACGGUGUAUCUAUACUAUUGCUGCACAUAAGUCUCUUGUAUCCGAUGUAAAAUUUUUCCAUGCAUCUUCAGAAUUAAUAAAUGAAGAGUGGGAUAGUGGUGUCAAACCAACAAUUUCUGGAUUAUAUUUAGCAAGUUGCGGUUAUGAUGGAUUUGUAAACAUUUGGUCUGCUGAUGAUUGGAGUUUACUUAAAAUAUUGGCAGGGCAUGAUGGAAAAGUAAUGGCAGUUGACAUUUCUACAGACAACAAAUUGAUUGCCUCGUCCGGUUUUGAUCGAACAUUUAAAUUGUGGGCGAAUGAGAAUUUACCAAUUUGA